CCGGCUUUCUAAAGACGUAGUAUGCUUUCAAAGUGACAACAUCUGUGUAACGAUGUCUUCCCCAAAGAGUUCUUCAGGUGAAGCUAGGAAACAGAAUGGUUCGCGGAAAAGAAAACGCCCUGAUCCACAAGAUUCGGAUUUAAACGGAAGAGCUAAAAGCAAGGCUGUCCGCGUGGUGAGAAAUGAAAGUUAUUUUUCUAAAUACAGCUGAGACGCUGUAGUUUAGAUCCUAGGAGAGGGGAGAUUUAACGGUUUAAUUUUCCUCCACAGCAAGAUUGCAGCUGUUAGAUUUAAUAUUUUUUUGCAGUUCUCUUAACAAUUAGCCAAGACACAUCGAGCAGUUCCGUCCGCUGCUAAUGGCGGCUCGCCAAUUGAACAACUUACGACAACAAAAGCUUGAACGGAAAUAGACAACUUUUGUUCUUUUUGAAAUUGACCACUGUACACCUUUUAAGCUUGAUAUUUCACUUUGUUUACAAUCCAUUAUACAUGCGCAUAUCGUAAGUACAGCUACAUUACGCAACUAAGGUGAUAAAGAUUAGAGCUUUAACAGAAUGGCUUUGUUGUAUUGUUUUCAUGCGCUUUUUAUUUUUCCUCGAUUCAGUCACCGCGUGAACCCGCUUUCUUGUUUGAACCAGACUUGACAAUUUCGUCUCCCGAGGAGCAAGUUUCCGACAAUCUAGAGCCGAUCACUUUACAGGACGCAAAAGAUGGAAAAGGUAUUUGUGUCUUUGUUUGGGACAGACGCUUUACAAUGCAAAUGGUAAUUUAAUUUCAUCUUAAACUUUCGCUUAAACAAAUGCUUCCUACGUACCCGCACUUCUUCGACCAGCUGGUUUUUGAAAUAACCAAUUUUAUACCCUACCUAAUUAUUGCAGUGAAAGCUUUUACUAUCGAUCUUUUAGUAAUUCUUUAAAAAUUCACUUCUUCCUUGCAGCAACAAGGCCAAUUCGUGUCUAUGCUGACGGUGUUUACGAUGUGUAUCAUUUUGGACACGCGAGGGCACUGAUGCAGGCGAAACAAGCUUUUCCGACAGAAGUAUAUCUGAUGGUGGGAGGUAUGAAUUUUCUUAAUUUAUUAUUAAUGGAAAAAUAAAAAUCGCCUAUCUUUUAUAAACCCCUUCAUUUACCAAUCAACCGUGGAAAAUUGUAAGAAAGGUCGUUAAAACUCUUCGAUAGAAAAACGAGUUUGACCUUGAAAUGUAACGCAAUGCCUCGGAAGACAUCAGCUGAUAUCAAAGUUCAGAACAAUUCCCGCCUGAUUUUGAGUUCAAGUCUAAAGUUCAAUUAUUUGGAGUUCCCACCAAAUGCAGUUACUUUAUCGGCCAUAAAAUAGACUUGAACAAAUACACUUUACUGAGAAGUUGGAAAAUUGGGCAUAAAGAAAACUAUGCUCCCAAAAACGAUUCUUCCAUUGUGUAUCGUUUGCCUAUGUUUGAUUCCCUUAAGAAAAAAAUUUAACAUAAAUUUUUCUGCAGCACUGAAUCUUCCCCACCCUUUGUCCCAAAACUCUUGUUAUCUACCUUUCCAUCUUGAAGGUCAGGCCUCAAAUGGAUGUCUUCUUGAACAUUUUAACUCUAAUGAGUGACCAAGACAGAAUUUCUCCUUAUAAUUUUGAUACAAUAUCAAGCUGACAAGCAAUGAGAAUAAAGAAAAAUGUCAAUCAGGGGAUUAUUGGUUGGUCUAGAACCAAACUCUCCAAACUAGCAUCAUAAGAAAUGUGUGACAGGAAGUAAAAGGAAUUACUAGUAAGAUCUUGAAAGAGAAAGGGAUAAUAAUUUGAUGCCUUCGGCAGGUAGUAGUCCUGUUUUCAAGUCACAAGAAUUAUUGCUUAAUUCAACUUCCCCCACAACAGGAAAAUAUGAAUCCUGCAGAACUGUAUGUGUCUAACACAUACUUUGUCUCAUUAAAAAAAACUUUCUGAAAAUAAAUUUCCUUGCUGCAGUGUCUAAUGACGAAUUGACACACAAAUACAAGGGAUUCACAGUCAUGACAGAGGAUGAAAGAUAUGAAUCCCUGAGGCAUUGCCGUUAUGUUGAUGAGGUUAUCUGUGAUGCUCCUUGGGCAGUUACUCCUGAUUUUAUUGAACUCCAUAAGGUAUGUAGAGUAGCUAUUAUUACUAACUUGUAAUAAGUAAACAAAAAGGAGCUGAAGGUGAUUCCUCAAAAAAGAAGGUUAUUUAACAAUGUUUUAAAAAUUUCCUUAAAUGUUUCCAACCAAUUUCUGCUUUGAAAAAUACCAUUAAAAAGAUAAAUCACCGUGCUUGUUUAAGAGAUAUGAUGGACCAAACUUAUCUCAUUUAUACUUGUACUGGCACUAAUCACAUGUCUUAUAACCCUUUAACUCCCAGAUCAAAUUUGUACUUCUCCUUACUGUCAACCAUACAAUUCUUAUGAUGUUAGUUCAGAGAAUUUAGUAUUGGAUCAACCAAUUAUCCCCAAAUUUAUAUUUUUCUUUAUUCUCAUCACUUUUCUUGUUAAUAUUGUAUGAUAUUAUAAUGAGAAACUCUGUCUUGGUCACUCAUGGGAGUUGAAGGGUUAAUCAGUUCACAGUACAUUUUGCGGAAGCUGGAAGCAAGGGUUUCUAUCAUAACACUUGAAAAAAACCUGAUGGGUGGAAAGUCUCGAGGAUAUGGAACAAUUUGAUAUACAUGAUUUGUGGAAAAAUCAUGCAAGUUUUAACAACAUUGACUCAAAAUAUUUCUCUAGUCAUUGCUGAUCAAAAAAAAAAAGUAAUGCAUAUUUUUAGUUUCAUGAAAAGGGUUAACUCCCAUUAUAUUAUAUCUGAGAUUUAUUGUAAAAAAUCUGAUUGGUCAAGAGCAUUCAAUCACUAUACAAUAGUGUGUAAAUUUGAAACGAUGAAAGCCAUAUCUGUAGCAGAUAUUGUAUUUAUCAUAUCUUGUAUACUCAGUUCAUAUCUCACAGUGUGGACCUCGUGCACGGUUAGUAAGAGGUAUAUAUUUUCAUAUGGCUCGAAAACUAUUGUUUAUUGGAUUUAUUUUUUCAGAUUGAUUUUGUCGCACAUGAUGACUUACCUUACAAGAGUGCUGGUGCUGAUGACAUUUACAAGGAGGUUAAAGCCAUGGGGAAGUUUGUGGCCACUCAAAGAACAGAAGGAAUUUCUACAUCAGACCUGAUUGCAAGGGUGGUCAAAGAUUAUGACGUUUAUGUCAGGAGAAAUCUUGCAAGAGGUUACACUGCUAAAGAACUGAAUGUCAGCUUUAUUAAGGUGAGUGUCACUGGAAAGGUUCGGUACAUUUUGCUAUCCUUUGCUAGUUUUAUAAUUAUUGCUAUUUUUUUUGAAUGAAGAAAAAAGUUAGUUGAAUCAGCUGCAGUCUGUAAGAGAUUAACAGCUAACUUCUCUCCACAAUAUUCAUACAUUGUCCUGCAAAAAGGUUGUGAGAAAAGGAAAAGCCAUCAGCCUAAGGAAAUUAUUGUAAUUAGAGACCAAAUUCUCUUACCUCAUUGACAAAAGAUGUAGAACACCCAGAGAAGAGAAUUGCUUAACCAUUCACUCCCAGAAGUGAUUAACACAUAACUUCUCCCCAUAAUAUCCAUACAUUAUCCAGCAAAAAGGUAAUGAGAAUACUCAGACUUAUCAGGUAGAAGUUGUCAUUUUGAUCUAACACCACAUUCUUGUAACUAAUUUACAAGGAAAUGUGUCACAGCUAUAGAGGAGAAUUAACAAUCAGAUCUUAGGAAUGAAAGGGUUAAUUAUAUCUUGCACUUGACUUACAGGAAAAAGAGGUUCAGGUCAGGCAGAAAAUGGAUGAGAUCAAAGGGAAACUAACAGACAAGUCCCAGGAGGUGCUUCAAAAGUGGGAGGAAAAGUCGCGGGAUUUUAUAGGCAGCUUUAUCGACAUGUUUGGAAGGGAUGGUCGAUUGGUAAGCCUGGUGAAAUCUUUCUCUAAAACAAACAUUUUUCAUGAGGAUGAGAACAACAAUGGUGCCUCUAAAAGUGGUUAACAGUUUGAUUACUCUUAAACAGUGAUCUCCCUGGUUUUAAGCACAACUGGUUAAAGAAAUCUUUAUACUCAUAGAGCAAUCCUUUUGCCUGUUGAAUUGUUAAUCAUUCCAAUUGAUUUUAGGGGGUAACAAGAGAAAUUACAUUCAGUAAAUUUUACUGGUUACCACUUGAAAACGAGAACACUGGUUAGGAUAAUUUGGUUUUAUCAACUGAAUUGUUAACCCUUUAACCCCCAUGAGUGACCAAGACAGAAUUUCUCCUUACAAUAUCAAUACAGUAUCAACCAGAUAAGUAAUGAGAAUAAAGAAAAAUAUUAAUUUGGGGAUAAUUAGUUGAUCCAAUGCUAAAUUCUCUGAACUAACACACAAGAAGUGUAUGCUUGGAGAAUUACAAAUUUGAUCUGGGAGUUAAAGGGUUAAUGCAAAUUGGCAAUCGUGAAGAGUUUCAAAGCAGACAUUUCGCAAGCCCUUUGUCUUUUGCUCUGACAAAAGGCUAACACUUGCAUCUAAAUUCUCCUUACAGUUUUACCGCUGAAUCACACAUUAAUGUCAUGAGAAUGAAGGAAAUGAUCACCAACUAAAGAAAACUCUUGAUUGUUAGACAAAUUCUCCUUGUGUGCUUCUUAGUAAAUGUACACAUAACAGUAUGGAGAAUAUGAAUACUGAUGUUAGGGUGGAAAGGGUUAAUUGCUAAAGAUAGAGGGCUGAUCCCCAAAAAUGCAAUCUCCGGAGACCAAAUUUUUCUUUUAUUCUUUGUGUUUGUCUGGUUGCCUUCUAUAAUUGCUAUAAUAACUAAACAUUUAAGCAGUGAAAUACUUUGCUGGUAAAAUUCAGGAAUGUCAGUUUUAAAAUAUUCUUAUAUUAGCAUAAUUAAUUGUUAAAAUAUUGUUAGAAUGAUCUAUAAAUUAUGAAACAAGUGUUUAAAUUAAUAAAUAUGUAGCAUUUUGUAGUUUUUAGCUUUUUGGUGAAUUUAUUUAAUCCAAUGGUGAAAUUUCACCUCACUUUCUACCUUUUAAUUACAGCCAAGUAAAUGUUUUUUAAAUUAUGAUAUUUUUGACCACUUCGUCUCAUCUGGUAACCCCCUCGCCAAGAAAUUGAUUAAAAUUCAUUUUGUUGUUUUUAUGCUUUUUUUUUGCUUUUUUUAAACUUGGUUUCUUUGAACUAUUGAUGAUAAAACCUAAUCUAAACUACCUGAAAGUUUGUAAAUUAUUGUAGUAAUUUCAAGACAUAUGGUUAAACCUCUAGGUAUUUGACAAACUUUAAAAACUAGACACUUUUUUAUUUUAAUACUUUUAAAACUCUGAUGUUAAAGUUGCAAGGAGCUUGAAUGUUGACCUUAACAAGAUAUGUUUUCUUAAAUUGAUAUUUCUUAUAAGUAAUUUAUAUCUAUGAUUAAAAAACAAAAAUUCAUGGAUGAUUACCUAAAAAGAAAAACCAAGCCUUACUUGAAUUUAAUGAUAAUUUUUGUGGUAAAGUUGAUGUAAAGUUAAACAAUAAAAUUAACCUUUUUUGAACGAGGUGCUGAAUUUGAAUUGUUAGUAAAUGGAUUCUUUACCAAUCCUUUUUAGAAAUAACAUUUAACCCAAAUAAUAUUACUGUAACAGUUAAACUUUUCAUUCCUUGAGCGCUUCUGUGAGAAGAGGUGUGUUUACGACAGUCAAGUCGUUUCUUCUGUUAAAGGUACUUUUGACUUAAAAUACAAACAAAUAUUUAAUUUUGUUUGUUUGUUAUAAAGAUUAAAAUUUGUUUUUUAAAUUAUCUGUAAUCAGUAAUGAAGUGAACAAAAUUGAAGUAACUAAUAUUUUGAUAUCCAUGUUUACUGAGGGAGAUGACAAUAGUUUUUUUUGUGCAAGCAUAUUUAUAAUAUGUUUUAGUUUCUUGCUGGCCAAAUUGACUGCUUUUUUUAAUUCUUGUUGCAAGCAAUUUUCUUUCUGUGCUUAAUUCUAUAUUACUUCUAUUAGUCAUAUUUAUACCCAUGUACGAUUAUUUCAGUAACAUGAAUUUAUAUUUUUCUUGUGUUUGACAGAACCAGUUGUUUGGCAAAGGCAAAGACACUAUAUUUGAUGCAGGGGCACGUAUCAAGGGGGCUGGAGUCAGAAUAAAGAGGGCGCUGUCACCAGGACGAAACAUAGACCCAGUGCUGGAUGUGUCUCCAUCUUGUUCUCCUUCAUCAUCACCCAAAUUUCCCCACCUGUCUCUUCAGCCGGAAAUUAGUGACGAUGAGGAUGAUGGCAUUGAUGAUGGUAGUAACAUGCCAAUUUGAUUGGUUAAAAUAAGAACACAGUCAUUCAAUUAACUAAAUUAUAUUUGUCAUUGUUAAUAGAAAUUUAUCGAUAAAAUUGAAUUAUUAAAUAGCUAUAAUGUAUUAAUUAUGAUGAGGAUGAUGGCAUUGAUGAUGGUAGUAAUGUGCCUAUUUGAUUGAUUAAAACAGGAACACAGUCAUCCUGUUGACAAAUGUUACUUGUCAUCGUUAAUGGCAAUUUAUCAACAAAAUUGAAGAAUUAAAUAUAUCAUUUUUUUAUCAUUCUUUUCAUGGUGAUGAAGAAGAAAAGUUGAUUUCCUCUCCAGAUGUUUUUGUUUUUUGGGUGAUAAUUGGCCAAUUGAGGCUGGUAUGGAUUUACCACAAAACAUGAAAAGUGUAUUAGAAGAAAGGAAAACAGAAGAAUGUAACAGUUAGCCCUUUAACUCCCAAGAUCUGAUUGUUAAUUCUCCCCUCCAGCUGCUACACAUUUCUUUGAUAAUUAUUUAGGAGAAUUUGGUGUCAGAUCAAGAUAACAAUAUCAAACUGAUAAGUUUGAAUAUUCUCAUUAACUGAUUGCUGGAUAAUGUGUGAUAAUUUAGGGAGAAGUUACAUGUUAAUCGCUUCUGGGAGUUAGAGGGUUCAGAAGAUAGCAAGGGUUCACUUUUAGUUUUAUCAUUUUUGCUUAUUCAUGCCAACAUCGUGAAAAACAAACAAAUCUGAUCUUUUGUGCUAUUUUCUAAGCUGUAAAAGUCCUCUGAAAUGUGAGGCCAAAUGCAAAAUGUUUCAUUUGAAGUUGAGUUCCAUUUGGAUGAGAUUGUAAAACUAUUUUUCCAUUGAAAUCUCCAUCAUUAGCCUCAAUCUAAACCGAAGGCUUCAAGAAUCUUAGGAAUGGUUGACUGGCCUUAGCUCUGUUCAUCAUUUUGGUCUCAGAUAGGCCUGGGAACAAAAUUAAUCUGUAGUUAAUUGAAACUAACAUAUUUGAAAAAAAAAACAAAUUAAGGAUUUAAUCAUUUGAUAUAUAUUUGCAAAAGAAUGAGAUAUCUACAAAAUUUGAAAUACACAAAACAAUUUUUUAAAGAUAUGUUUGGACAUGGCUUGUGUCAUCUUGAGUGUAAUGAAAGCUUGAAUUUGUCAUGGUGAUGCAAAGAUAUCCUAACUCCAAAUAUGAAAAUGAACUUGGAUAUGGUGUGGUUAUAAUUGUAGUAUUUUUUGCUAUUUAGAGAAUUUUCCGAAGCAGCUUGUGUUUUUUUUUCUUCUGUCUCUUCUUUAAACAAAAUUAAAGAAAUGACAAAUGACAUGAGUUAAUUAACCUAGUUUUGAACA